CGGAAGCAGCAUUCCACGUCACUUGAGGUGGAUUUAGCGCGAGCGAGCGAGGAAUCUGACAGGAGAAUUUAGCGCUUGCUUUGACUUUAAACUCGCCGGAUGUGAUGCCACGAGCAUUUAGGCUUUACGCUCAAACUGACAGCGAACGGAAUAUCUGCGGGUUGUAAACGGAGGAUUCAAGAGUGUCUGAUUUGGAGCUCGAUCUACAUGGGCGAAUCAGGGUCACGGCGCUCCACCCUGGUCUCCAGGCUUCCCAUCUUCAGACGUAGUGUGGGAAAGAGACAGGACUCGCUCCCGUCCUCGCCCUCCUCCGGUGGUGUCGGCAAUGGCGUCCACACUUCCUCUCCCUCCAGCACAAACUCCAGCUCCAGCAGCACAGGCAAACGGCGCAGCCUCUUCCGUACUCCGUCACUCAGCUUCCACAGCAAAAGGCACAGCGACCCGACCCAGCUCAGCCUGGACAAUAGCAGCCAGUCUGAAGUCAUCUUUCGAGAGAGUUGCAUCUCAAAGACACGGCAUUCGUUCGGAUUCGGCGGACACAAGAAGAAGAUCUCCCGAUCUCAGACGGAAAACCUUGAGAAAACGACGGCCAACCGCAGUGUGUUCAUUAACUGCAUCAGCUCACGGACGAAUGAGGGAGAUGAUUCAGGGUUCCUCGAUGAGGUGAGCAGCAAGAGGUCUUCUAAGCAUAAGAAGAUGCUGCCCAAGUCCUUCUCAGCUCACCAACGAUUUUCCAAGAACUCUUCCAAUAUUCUGGGUCAGGAGAGUACAGAAGAUCCUCCUAAGACUGGAACCCCAGGCUCCUGGCCUGGAGAAUUGGCUGAGAGUUCUCUACAGUCUCCCAUGAUCUCAGAAGACCGCACCACAGCAAUUACGCCAUCAGAUUUUGUUCACGCCACCGAAGACUCUGUCUCGGAAGUGGACGCUUUGCCGGCUCCCAGUCCAGCUGCUCCACACGAAAACUUUAGCCAAGCUGUUUCUACCUCGCAGGUGUCCAUCACCCCAGCCCAGGCCACCACAGAAAAGCCCUUACUGCCAGAUACCAGCCACACAGCCAACACACAGUGCGAGAGCACAACUGCCCGUACGGAAGCAGUAACGCUGCAAACAGUGAGCGAGCUGACCCCAAACACUUAUCCUAAUGCAAACGCUAACUCUGACCUGUCAGAGGCCAGUGAGAUUGAACAAGCUCCAGAAUUGAGUGAGGAAAGUAGUUCCAAUCCAGACACCCGUGAGAGGAGGUCCAGGAACGCUGUUCUCAUCCAGCAAGCAGGAAGGUUAUCAGGCCUCAGCAAACUGGAGACCAGGCCAAGCCACCUAAGAAAGCCACACACAGUGUCCAUGUGCAGCAGCGUGAGCCCAUACCAUGAGGUGAUGCGUAUGGAGAGACGUCUACGGUCAGCCUCUGAGGGUGCAGGAGAACCCAGACUUCACCUCAAUCUCAGGGAUCCCCACUGCAUGGAGGGCCACACUUUAUACAAGCAGAGAACCAGUUCCUCAUCUUCUAAAUUGGGCAGCCUGGAUGUUUUGAAUAACCUUGGCUCAUCUGAGUUGGAUGAGGAUGACCUGAUGCUGGAUCUUGACCUCUCUGAUGACCAGCGAGCUCACCAUGCCUCACAGGAAGAUUCCAGUCAAUCCCUUGCAUCAUGCCUCAACCUGCUGCCCUCACCCCUGGAGGCCUCCAUCGACCGGACCCCUGGAAGAGAGCCCAGGGAGCCCCCUCUCAGGGAGCAGCGGCCGAUGUCUCUCUGCCUGUCUCGUGAUGAUGAAACUUUGGCCGGGCUGGAAGCGUUGCCGUUCAGGCUGAUGCAGCAGGACUGCACAGCGGUAAAGACUCUUCUGCUGCGGUUACGCAGGACCCUGCAGGAGAGCACUGAGACAAGCCCUGCCAGCAGCCUUCACUCUCUACCCAUAAGCCCCUGCAGUGAGAAAUCACUCCCCUUUAAGGAUCCUGUGAGAGAAGAGAACCAGUUCCUACAACAGCAGCUGAAGGAGAAAGAAGAGCUCAUUGUACAACUCCAGACCCAAUUGGAAUCUAGCCGUGCUGCUCAGAAAUCUCUUUGCCAAAAAGCUGACAAAGGCACUCAGACAGAUUUCUUACUCUCAGAGGCAAUCCAUCCAAGUCAACCCACAGGCCAAAACAUCAACAUUCCCAGCAGCAGCAGCAGCAGCAGCCUCACAAGAAGAGUGUCGCGAUUGCUCGCUGCAGACCAGCUCAGUCGACCAUGUGAAGAGAGGCCUUGCAGCAAUGGGGGAGGAGGCGUGCGGGAGCUGGUACGAAGAGCUGAAGGUGGGCAGUCCAUGUCUGAGGUACCUGGACUACGGAAGACGGAGCACCUGGGACCGUCUCAGAUCCCUCGGGCGGUGGCCGGCAGCAGCGUGAGCCUCCCCAGCAAGGCCAGUCCCUCACGCAGCCUGUCCUCGGACAGCGAGCGGGGGCUGCGGAGCGAGCGGGGGCCUAUUCCCAGGCUUCAGUCCUCCUUUACCGGCCGUCUGGGUCAGCCGCCCCGUGGCCCUCUGUCUUUACACAUGUACAGCCGAAAGAACGUCUUCUUACAGCACUCGAUCCAUACAGCUGAUCUGCAGGCUCUUGCUCAGCAGGAAGGUUAAAAACACACAUGCACAGUGACACAAGCCUCAGAUGGAUAUGAACUCUUGAUGCAGUUCCUCAGUGACAACGAGUACCUUCAGAUCCACAUGCACUCAGUUACCUUCAAGGGUAUUUUUCCUCUAAAACCUCAAAACGAACUUGGACCGCACACCGAGACUCGUAUUAUCCUUUGUGGAGUUAAACUCGUCAUCUUUAUUAAGUGUCAAAACCAAUCCAUUGUCUGCACUACUUAACCCUUCUGAAGAAAUGCUGCUCCGAUAAGUCCUUUAGACUGACGGUCCACUAAUGUGAGUUUUAAUCAUAACACCAUCACAUUGUACAGUUCUGCUAAUAUGCUAGAGAGGAUUUCAACGUUUUUGCAUUCCCUUAUAUCUUUGAAAGAAAUCCAUGGUCCAACAUUAACACUCGCCAAGCCACAGAUUCAAGUACAAAUUGGUUAGUUUAACCAGUUGGCCGGAAACUCUAUUGGUAACUAUAACAUUACAUGUUUUAAUUGAAUGGUAAGAGUGGUAAUCUGACCUUCCGCUGCUUUAAAUGAUCAAUUUAGUAAACUGUCAAUUGGGUUGGGAAGGUUUCUUUAAAUAAGUUUGAAAAGGCUUGAAUGCUCACCAAGGCUGCAUUUAUUUGAUUAAAAAUGGGAAACAGUAAUAUUGUGAAAUAUUAUUACAAUUUAAAAUAACUCUUUUCUUUUUUAAAAUGUAAUUUUUUGAUCGCAAAGCUGAAUUAUCAGCAGCCUGUGUUCAGGAUCACUUGACCCUACAGAAAUCAUUAUAAAUUGCUGAUUUAUUGCUGAAGUAACAUUUCUUGUUAUCAAUGUUUAAAACUGUUGUGCUAAAAUUUUGAAUCGUGAUACAUUUUUUCAGGAUUCUUUGUUUAAUAAAAAUCCAAAAGAACAGCGUUCGUUUAAAUGGAAACAGAAAUAUUUUUUUUACAUUAUACCUUUCUGUACCAUCACUUUUGAUCAACUUAAUGCAUCCUUGCUGAGUGAAAGUUUAUAUAUAUGAUUUAAUAUGAGUAAUAUUGAGGAACAUAAAUCACUUGUUCCCAUUUAUGUAAAUAACCUUAAUGACCCCAAACUUUUUAUCGGUACAGAAACCAGUCAUAUUAAACCAACAUAAUCUAAAUAUGCUGUACAAAAUUGUUUUUGUGAAAGAUAAUACAGCUUCAUGACGGUGCAAAAUAUUUUUUUUUUCUCAAUUCACCCACCAAAAAGUUAAUUUUGGACCCUGAGAUUCCUUAUUAAACAUUAAGUUUUCAAAACCAUUUUUACUAUUAGUCUAACGAUUAUAGACUGGAUUUUUUUUGAUUACGCCCAAUUAGUAGUAAUGUUUAUAAUAAUAAGUCACACAAACAGCCCAGCACGUUUUUUGGCACCAGCCAACAUGACACUGAACUUGAAGGCCCAUGCGUAUAUUGCCAAAUCAAUCCUCAGUCGAAGAGAGGGGGGCAUUGAAACACUUGCUGCCGGUUUAGAAUUACCCACGUCAGACCCCUGUUAUGGAGCUUAACACUCAUUAGCCUCUUCUAAUUGCAAGCUAAUCUUUCUCUUUUUUCUACUAUCCUUUUGCUGCAAAAAGCCAAGAAAAGUUUUCUGCACUAAAUCUAAGAAAAAUUAGAUUUGACAGCCUUGGUGGAAAAAUUCAGCAAGAGCCCCGAGUCUGGACUUUACCCCACAGCUGGACUUUCAGAAUGAAAUGCCCUUCAUUUUUCGAAAAGAAGCAGAGAACUCCUUCCAGAGGAAUUAAUUACAUUAUUACAUAUGACAUAGGUGAGACUUUGAAUUUUCUUUUAAAAAUAGAUGGCAGAUACGUUUAAUUACACGUUGAUAACUGCAAUAAAAAAAUCAAUAAAACUGCCAUAGACAGCCUCAUACGGAGCACAGUCUUAGGAGAGGUGGUCGAAAUGAGGAAUGGCCUCAUUUUCGCAGCAUUGGGACAACGUUGAAGUAACAUUGGGACAGUGUUGGCCCGGCUUUGCGGAUCAGGAGCUCGAGCAAGGACGCAUGGAGGAGAAGGAAACCCUGAAGAAACGCAGUCCCAUCCAUCCAGCAGGUCUGCUCCCUGAGGUCCACUGCUCCAAUUUCAGCAAUCUGUUGGGAACAUCAUCGCUCUCUAUCUCCUUCUUCCUCCCAGACCUACUUCCAGCUCUGUGAUCAGGCUCAGGGAGAGAAAAGGCUUUAAUGUGGUCUCACCAUUACACGCUCCGGUACUGAACAUGCACUCCAAAAACUGAAACAUGUUUGUGUUCAGGGUCCAGAAUUAACAUUCAGUAUAACACACAACACAUAUAUUUCCACGUUAUAGAC